AUGGCGUUAGUGUUGGCGUUGUUGCACUCUGCUACUACUUGCUGUGCUAUGCUAUGUUGCCUGCAACUAGUUAUUGUUGUAGCAACUAACAACUCUGUCUGCUGUAUAGCAGGCAGUGCAGCGCUGACUCCAGUUGUACCUACAAGCAAACGACCAACUCUACACUCAGCGCAGCAGCAACAGCAACAGCCAGUCACCGUCAAAGUGCUGGACAAAAACGAUAGUCCGCCGGUGUUUCGCGACACCCCGCUCGCCUUCAAUGUGAGCGAAGAUUUAGGCGCUGGCCAUCAAGUGGCCACGAUACGCGCCACCGAUCCCGACACUCUGGGCUCGCUCACUUUCAGCUUGAUUGGCGGUGGUGAUGAUAAGUUUCUGUUGGAACCUGAGACGGGUCGGCUGCGUUUGAAAGAUGCACUCGAUCGUGAGUUGAAGGAUAAAUAUGUGCUGCAGUUGCGUGUAGCUGAUGGAGUGCAAAGCACGGAUACGACAGCGGAAAUUUUGGUCACCGACACCAAUGAUAAUCCACCCAUUUUCGAUGAACCCGUUUACUCUUUUGACAUACCCGAGAAUGCUCCACGUGGCUAUCAGGUUGGCAUUAUUGCCGCCACCGAUCCGGAUUUGGGCGAUAAUGCACUCGUCUCGUACACUGUCAUUUCGGAUUGGGCCAAUGAUGUAUUUAGUUUGAAUCCGCAAACGGGCGUUUUCACACUGACAGCGCGUUUGGAUUAUGAAGAGGUACAACAUUACAUCCUUGAGGUGCAAGCGCAGGACAAUGGGCAUCCCAGUCUCUCGACCACAUUGACUGUCUAUUGCAAUGUGUUGGAUUUGAAUGAUAAUGCGCCCAUAUUCGAUCCGAUGAGUUAUUCGAAUGAGAUAUACGAGAAUGUAUCGAUUGGCACACCGAUUGUAACGGUCACAGCAACAGACAUUGACUCAGGCGAUAACGGGCGCAUCGAGUACGCGAUUACGUCGGGCGAUGAUAAUAACGACUUUGAAAUUGCUGCCAACGGUACGAUACGUACACGCCGUGAACUUGAUCGAGAAACUAAAAGUUCAUAUAAUUUAAUUGUAACCGCAAGAGAUUGUGCCAAAGAAUUUCCAACAACAACAACACAAAUAACAUACAACGAAGCGACCGAUCAGCCACAGCAUCUCCAACAUCAGCAGCAUCACCAACAGCAGCAGCAGCAGCAGCAGCAACAACGACGUCAACGUCAACACCGACAGCAACAAUAUGUGGAGCAACAACCGCAACAACGUCUAUCAUCAACAGUGCAGGUCACAAUCACCUUGAAGGACGUCAACGAUGAAGCGCCUAGCUUCACUUCACCGAAUGAGACCUCCGUGCUUGAAAAUAUUGCACCCAACACUGUUGUUAUGGUCGUCAAGGCUACGGAUCGCGAUGAGGGUCGAAACGGCUACAUCGAAUACUUACUCGAGGGCAGAGACAAUACCACCAACUCCGACUACGAUGACGAGGAGAACCUUCCCUUCACACUGGGCUCUGUGGACGGGCUGCUGCGCGUCGCCGACCGCUUAGAUCGCGAAUUGCGUGCGAGCUACUUGCUCAAUGUGACCGCACGCGACCGCGGCGAACCAUCACAAUCCACACAAACCCAAAUCACCGUGCGCAUAUUGGACGAGAAUGACAACAGCCCUGUCUUCGAUCCCAAACAGUACUCAGCAUCGGUACCGGAAAAUGCCAGCAUUGGCGCAAUGGUAUUGCAAGUGGCCGCGACCGAUAUUGAUGAGGGCGCCAACGGACGUGUGCGCUUCUCAAUUGCCGCUGGCGAUGAUAAUCGCGACUUUAGCAUAAGCGAAGAUUUGGGUAUGGUGCGCGUAGCGAAAAAUUUGAAUUACGAGCGCAAACCUCGUUAUGUGCUAACAGUGCGCGCCGAAGAUUGUGCCGCCGAUGUGGUGGCCGCAGCAACACAACUGCAGGUGGGCAAAGCGGGCACUACGAAUGGAGCGGGCGGUGGUGGCGUUGGCGGCGGCAGCAGUGGUGUUGUUGGAGUUGGCGGUGCGGGCGCUGGUGCGGCCAAGCAUGCUGUGGAGCAGCGUGAGACGCGCUACGACACCGCCGAAUUGACGAUCAUCAUCAUGGACAUCAAUGACAAUCCACCCACAUUCCUGCACUCCCCCUACCUGGCCUACGUAAUGGAGAAUAUAAUACCGCCUAACGGCGGGUAUGUGCUGACAGUGGAGGCCUACGAUGCCGAUACGCCGCCAUUUAAUUCGCAAGUGCGCUACUUUCUAAAGGAGGGCGAUACAGAUCUAUUUCGCAUAAAUGCAUCGACAGGGGAAAUAUCAUUGCUGCGGGCGUUGGAUCGUGAGGCGAGGGCCGAGUACACGCUGACGCUGGUUGCUAUGGAUACAGGUUCGCCACCACUCACCGGCACCGGCAUCGUGCGCGUCAUUGUGCAAGACAUGAAUGAUCAUAGUCCAGAAUUUGCGCGUCCCUUCUAUCUCGCUAGCGUGCAAGAGAAUCUGCCUGCUGGCACCAAGGUACUACAGCCCGUGGCCACGGACAAGGACAGCGGCGAUAAUGCGAAACUGCGCUUCACGCUGCUUGGCGAGAAAAUCGACAAAUUCCAUAUCGACUCGGAGACGGGCGAAAUCACAACCGCUGUCAUGCUCGAUCGUGAGGAGACCGCCGUAUACUAUUUGACGCUGAUGGCGCAAGACAGCUCAGCGACAGAGCCACGCGCUAGCGCAGUCAAUCUGACCAUCACUGUGCUCGAUGUCAAUGACAAUACGCCCAACUUUAAUGCGGCCAGUUUUAAUGUGAAUGCGCCCGAUGGCAUACGUGCGGGUGAGUUUGUGUUUGGCGCAAGAGCGACAGACUUGGAUGACGGCAUCAAUGCGCUUAUCAGCUACAACAUCAGUGGCAAGGAUAUCGAUAAGUUCACCAUCGACUCGAAGAGUGGUGUGAUUAAGGCAAAAACGCCACUGGGCGCACGCGAGAAUACCAGUUUCGACACAAUUUACAGCAUCGUAUUGCAUGCUAUGGACCAGGGCACUGAGCCGAGAUCAUCCACAGCCGAUCUGACUGUACUGCUACGGCCGGCCACACUCUUUCCGAGUUUCUCGUACAUGGCUACUACGCAAUUUAUGCUGUCGGAGGACGUGCUGGAGGGCAAAGUUAUUACGACAAUUGUGGCGACAUCGCCGAAGAAGGGCAACGCCGGCAAUAUCAAGUAUGAAAUUGCUGGUGGCAAUAUUGGCGCAGCUGUGCAUAUUGAUGCCAGCACUGGUGUGUUAUCGGUCGGCAAGGAUGGCUUGGACUUUGAAACCGCGCAUACGUAUGAGAUAUGGAUCGAAGCAGCGGACUCGGAUCAACCGCGCUUGCGUAGCGUUAUAUUGUUGACCAUCAAUGUGACCGAUGCCAACGACAAUGCGCCAGUCAUAGACAAGAUGACUUACUUUGCUGAAAUCCUAGAGGAAGAACCACCACCGCAAUUCAUUGUGAAGGUGCAUGGCACCGAUCGCGAUUCGGGCGAUAAUGGCGAAUUAUCUUAUCGGCUGACCGAUGACUUUGAGGGCACAUUUGAGAUUGACUCCGACUCUGGUGAAAUAUACACCACAAUGCGUUUAGAUCGCGAAGAAAUCAGUGCUUAUGAGUUGCUCGUUGAAGCAGUCGAUCAAGGCAUGCCACAACUCACCGGCUCUGCAAGUGUACAGAUCACUUUGUUGGAUAAAAAUGAUAAUCCACCGAAGUUUACGCGCCUCUUUUCGGUAAACGUGACGGAAAAUGCAAACAUCGGCAGUUUUGUGAUACAAGUCACCUCUUCGGACUUGGAUGUGGGCGCAAAUGCGAAUGCAACAUACAGUUUCACCGAAAAUCCAGGUGAAAAGUUCAAGAUCGACGCGAUCAGUGGCAAUGUUACCGUCGCCGGCUAUCUGGAUCGCGAGCAACAAGACGAGUAUUUGCUGAAAAUUGUCGCCUCUGAUGGCGCUUGGCGGUCGGAAACGCCGAUUACUAUCACUGUGCAGGAUCAGAAUGAUAACGCGCCGGAGUUCGAGCACAGCUACUACAGCUUCAAUUUCCCCGAACUGCAACGUGCAGUCGCGUUUGUAGGACAAGUAAUCGCCACCGAUCGUGACAAGCAAGGACCGAAUUCUGUUAUUUCAUACUCAUUGCAGCAUCCCUCCGAUUUGUUCACCAUCGACCCGGCCACGGGUGAGAUUUUCAGCAAACGCAAGAUGAAGUACAAGCACUCACAGCUCGAAACCUCACCGGAAAAUAUGUACUCGAUGAUUGUGCUUGCAACAGAUAAUGGCAAGCCGCCCUUGAACUCAGAAUGCUUGGUGAAUAUCAAUAUAGUAGAUGCUAAUAACAACCCACCGAAAUUCGAAAAAGCUGCCUAUCUCGCGCCCGUGCCAGAGAAGGCAAUGAGCGGUCAGCGCGUGCUCAAGGUGCACGCGGUGGACGCGCUCGACUAUGGCGUGAAUGCGGAAAUCGACUAUUUGCUGCUGCAAGGCAAUGGCACAGAUUACUUUACGAUCAGCAAGCACGACGGUUGGAUUUCCGUAUCGAAACCACUCAAUGUGCAGGCGAAUACAAUAUUUUUGGUGACGGCGCGCGCUACUGAUCGCGGCGUGCCGCCACUAGCGGACGAAACGCGUGUUACCAUCGUUGUGACGGGUGAAAAUAGGCACACACCGGAGUUCACCGCGCUGAGCUACCAAGUCAUAGUGCCCGAAAAUGAGCCGAUUGGCUCAACUAUACUAACUGUUACGGCUUCAGACAAAGACGAGGGUCCAAAUGGCAUGCUGACCUAUUAUUUUUCGGGUGGCAAUGAGCGCAAGGAGUUCAGUGUGCACAAAGAAACUGGCGCUGUGACUAUUCUACAGCCACUGGACUACGAUUUGAUACAGGAGUACUACUUGAAUAUAACCGUCGAGGAUUUGGGUUACAAACCAAAGAAGGCCAUUGCUAUGUUGACCGUCAUAUUGACCGACAUCAACGACAACCCACCAUUGUUUAAUCAGUCUGAGUACCAUGCGUUGAUACCUGAAAACCGUCCGCCAAAUACACUUGUCUUCAAAGCACACGCGACCGACAAAGACUCGCCGAAGAACGCCAUUAUACGCUACUCGAUCACCAGCGGUACGGGCAAAAAUCUCUUCAAGAUCAAUUCAAGCACAGGCGAAAUCAACUCUGCGGUAGAAUUCGAUUAUGAGGAGCGGCGUGAAUACAAUUUGCAAAUAAUGGCAGCCAAUCCAGAUUCGCAAAUGCAAAGCACUGCUAUGGUCAUCGUGCACAUAACAGGCGUCAACGAGUACUACCCACAAUUUGUGCAACCCGUCUUCCACUUUGAUGUAUCCGAGUCAGCUGAGGUUGGCACCUCUGUGGGCUCCAUACAAGCCACCGAUAAAGAUGCUGGCGAUGAUGGCAAAGUCUAUUACCUGCUGGUGGGCUCGAGCAACGAUAAAGGAUUCUCCAUCAACGCCAAGACCGGCAUCAUGUACGUGUCGCGUCAUCUUGAUCGAGAGUCACAGAACCGCGCUGUGCUUACGGUAAUGGCAAAAAAUGAUGGUGGCAUACGUGGCAAUGACACUGAUGAGGCACAAGUGAUCAUCUCCAUACAGGAUGGCAAUGACCCGCCUGAGUUCCUGAAAUCACUCUACACUACGCACAUCUCAGAGGCAGCGCCUGUGGGCACGAAGAUUAUUAGCGUCAAGGCAGUCGACAAGGAUGUACGCCUACAAAACAAUCAGUUCAGCUACUCGAUCAUUAAUGGCAAUUUAAAUCAAACAUUCAAAGUUGAUCCACUAAGUGGCGAUAUUGAGACAGCACGCGCUUUGGACCGUGAAACUGUGCCGAUAUUCAAUUUAGUUGUGGGCGCCAUCGAUACAGGCGUACCACCGCAGACGGGCACCACAACGGUGAAGAUCGAACUGGAGGACGUGAACGACAAUGGGCCAACAUUCGAGUCCAGUGGCUUGAUUGGUUACAUAUCUGAAAAUGAGCCGGCGGGCACCUCUAUCAUGACACUCGUCGCAAGAGAUCCUGAUCUGCCACCAAAUGGCGGUCCCUUCACUUACUACCUCGUGGGCGGCAAACACAAAGCAUACCUUUCGAUUGACAAACACUCAGGUCUGGUCAAGUCGACAAGAAGUUACGAUCGCGAAGCAACACCGUCGUUGGAGGCGGCGAUCGAGGUGGAGGACAACGGUGAGCCAAAGCAGCGCGCACAACAUGUGCUCACCAUCAAAGUGCUUGAUCAGAACGAUAGUCCGUCCUCGCCACGCAUGGUGCAUGUGCUGCUCAACACCUACAACGAUGAAAUACCCAUCGGCAAGAUUGCGGAUGUGCAUCCCAACGAUCCAGACAUCACUGGCGAUUAUAAAUGCAAGAUUGUGGCAAAUGCGCAGUCUAGUCCGUUGGGUAUACUCAUAAUACCAAAUGCUUGUGACUUGCACACCACCUACCAGACCACCGUCAACGGCUACUCAUACACCGUUUCGGGUAACGACGGCAAGCAUAACGAUGUUGCAUCCACUGUCACCGUAGGCUUCCAAAACUUUGACAGCGAUGCAGUGGCGCAGUCCAUCACAGUACGCGUGCCCGAAAUGACGGCCGAGCACUUCCUAGCGACGCACUACCGCAACUUCGUGGAACUACUCAAGACGACAAUUGAGCCCAGCGACGAACUCAAGGUAUACAGCAUACGAAAUACAGGCGAACACGCCGCUGAUGUGGAACUCAUAUUGGCGGUACGCAACGCAAAUCUGUCCUAUCGCACGCCACGCUACAUCGUCGAACGUUUGAAUAAGAAACGCGAAUCAAUUGAACGUCUCUUGCAAGCGCCUGAGGGCGUGUUAAUCGGUUACAGUCCUUGCAGUUCAGCAGCGACGGGUGCUUGCGAAAACGGUGGCAUGUGCACUGCCGAAAUACGCGUGCACGAAGAGACGCACACGCUGAACAUCGUCGACAGUCAGUCGUUGAUCUUUAGUGGGCCACAUGUUUCACACGACUACAGCUGUAGGUGUCCAGAUGGUUUCACCGGUCAGCAGUGUGAUAAGCAACAAGAUCCUUGCACGCCGAAUCCGUGCGAGGCGAAUGCGCAAUGCCGCCGCAUAGGCUACGACUUCCAGUGUAUUUGCCCGCCUAAUCGAGAGGGCAAGAAUUGUCAGCAGGAACGCGGUGAUGUGUGCUCAAGCAAUCCGUGUCGCGGUGGUGGUUCCUGCAGACAUAGUCCAGAUGGCGCCUCAUUCUUUUGCCUUUGCAGGCCAGGUUAUCGCGGAAAUCAAUGCGAGCAUGUGUCCGAUUCAUGCCGGCCCAACCCCUGUCUGCAUGGUGGACAGUGUGUCAGCUUGAAACCGGGUUACAAGUGCAAUUGUGCGGAUGGGCGUUAUGGGCGGCAUUGCGAGCGCGCAACAUUCGGUUUUCAGGAGCUCUCUUACAUGACCUUUCCAGCAUUGGAUGCAGCGACUAAUGACAUUACCAUCAUUUUUGCCACAACCAAACCGGAUGCGUUACUGCUCUACAACUAUGGCAUACAAACGGGUGGACGCUCUGACUUUGUGGCGAUUGAGGUGGUGAAAGGAAAGGCGUUCUUCUCUUUUGGUGGCGCGCGCACAGCUAUAACAACUGUGGUGGUGGACGCCAAUAGCAAAGAGAGUUUGGCCGAUGGCAAAUGGCACAAAGUUACCGCCACGCGCAACGGGCGCGUCAUGUCGUUGAGUGUGGCCAAGUGCUCGGAGAAUGGUGAUGUUUGCGAGGACUGUCGACCCGGCAAUGCAAACUGCUAUGCGCAGGACGUUGGACCUAUUGGCACUUUGAAUUUCAAUAAGCAACCGCUGCUGAUUGGCGGUCUUGCCUCCGCAGAUCCAGUGUUGGAGCGCCCAGGUCAAAUACACACGGAUGAUCUCGUUGGCUGCAUGCACAGCGUAUCAGUGAAUGGACGCGCGCUGAAUAUGAGCAAUCCCUUGAAGCAGCGUGAUGUGCUGCCCACUUGCAACCGCAAAACCGAUGGCGGUCCGUGUCAGCAGAGUUUGCCCAACGAUCCGGCGCUAUCGCUUUGCGGCAACUUUGGCACAUGCAUGGAUCGCUGGCACACAGCCAUGUGUCAGUGUGGCGCCAAUCUACUCUCACCCGAUUGUUACAGCUCAUUGGAACCGAUCACGGUUAUGAGUGGUGCCUUCGUGGAGUUCAAAAUUUCGGAAAAACAUCGUCGCAUGCAACUACUGGAUAAUUUGUAUGCUACCAGUAACAUUUGGUCGUAUGAUAUUGCGCGCCGCAGACGCUUCACCGUUAGUAGCGACAACAUUACGGCGCUUGCGCAAACUGUGGAUCUACCGAAAACCGUUAGUCUGCUCUUUCGCACCUACAAAGAAGAUGGUUUGCUUCUUUUUGCGGCCACCAAUAAACAGUACACCGCAGUCGAACUAAAAGCUGGUAAAUUAGUCUAUUACUCCAAGCAGAACGCCGUGGUGAAUAUGACCAUCCAGCAGCCGAGUAUGCUGAACGACGGCAAGUGGCACAAUCUCACGCUCUUCACAUCGAAUCGGGUGCUCCGUCUACUGAUAGAUAACAACAAAGUAGGCGAUGAGCUUGAUUCGGCCGGCGUUCACGACUUUCUCGAUCCAUAUCUGACCGUACUCUCUAUAGCAGGCGUACGACGCGAAUAUUAUCCGCAGGAAAAUGUGCCUACCAGCUAUGAGGGCUGCAUUGCCAACUUCACAAUCAACAACGAAGUGCAGCCCUUCAAUGGUUCGGGCACCGUUUUCAACGAGGUGGUUGCGCGCGGCAAAGUGGCUUAUGGAUGUGUUGGUGACUUGGGUAUUGGCGCGGCACAAGCCUCCGAUCCAGUUAGUAUAGGCAUCACGCUGGUGAUCGUCUUCUUCGUCAUACUCGUUGUGGCCAUUUUGGGUUCCUAUGUUAUUUACCGUUUUCGUGGCAAACAGGAAAAGAUUGGCAGUCUGAGUUGCGGUGUGCCCGGCUUUAAAUUAAAACACAGCGCUGGCUCGGCAGCGUCGCAGAAUCAAGCGGAUCAUGUGCUGUCGCGUGGCAGGGGCGUACAUGCCGGCGAUGGUGCAGUCAGCUAUCAUGUGGACAGUGGUGAUUUGAUACGCGGUGUAGGCGGUCAUCACAUGGUCGGCCCCGAGUUGAUUUCGAAGAAGUUCAAGGAACGUGAAAUCAACUCAAAUGAUCACCAACAACAACGGCCCCAGCGCCCCGAUAUAAUCGAGCGUGAGGUGGUCAACAAGAGUCCGCCACUACGCGACGAGCAUCAUCCACCCAUACCACCGCCCAGCCAAGCGCACCAUCCACAUGACCAUGCAAGCUCUGUUGACUUAGGCUCCGAGUAUCCCGAACACUACGAUCUAGAGAACGCCAGCUCCAUCGCACCGUCCGACAUUGACAUCGUCUACCAUUACAAAGGCUACCGCGAGGCGGGUGGCGUGCGUAAGUACAAAGCCACGCCGGCACCGGUCGCCUCCUACACGCAUCACAAGCACCAAGCCACUGCCGCACAACAGCAACAUCGACAUUCGCCACGUCACGGUGUCGGUGUCGGUGGACCAUUUGUGCCGCGUGUGCCGCCUCAAGCUAGUCAACCACCGCCACCUUCGAGUACACCACGUCCACAUCAAAGCACGCCACUUGCGCGUCUCUCACCCAGCUCUGAAUUGAGUUCACAGCAACCGCGCAUACUCACGUUGCACGACAUCUCAGGUAAGCCACUGCAAAGCGCGCUACUCGCCACCACCUCCAGUUCGGGAGGCGUCGGCAAGGAUGCGCUGCACAGCAACAGUGAACGUAGCUUAAAUAGUCCAGUCAUGUCGCAGCUAUCCGGUCAAAGUUCGAGCGCAAGUCGACAGAAACCUGGCGUUUCGGCGCAGUCGCCACCACAAGCACCCAUCGGCCUGACGGCUGAAGAGAUCGAAAGACUAAAUGUGCGACCGCGUACUUCCAGUCUAGUAUCAACACUAGACGCUGUCUCUUCCAGCAGCGAAGCGCCACGCGUGCCAGGUGGCGCACACCAUUUAGCGCUCGGCGGUGGUCUACACAACGCCGAUGUAGAUGCACACAGCUCCACAUCGACCGAUGAGAGCGGCAACGAUAGUUUCACCUGCUCGGAAAUCGAAUAUGAUAACAACAGUUUGAAUGGCGAUGCAAAGUAUCCGACAAGCAAGUCGGUGCCCGACGAUAGACCAGAUCGCAGCGGUGUGGGACGUGCCAUGAGUGGUGAUGGCGUAGGUCCGAGCAUGGGUAAAGUGCCACCAAUGCCACCACAUUCAUACGAUGGCUUCGAUUCGUCCUUUCGUGGCUCACUCAGCACUCUAGUCGCCAGCGAUGAUGACCUCUCAACGCGCAUGGGCGGUAUUUAUAGGCAACUAAACGGGCCGGGUUCACCAUCACAACCGAGUCUGGGCUGGAAUUACUUGCUUAACUGGGGACCGAAUUUCGAGAGUCUAAUGGGUGUCAUCAAAGACAUCACGGAACUGCCAGAUGCGGUGGGCGAACAGCAGCAGUUACAGGCGGCGCUAUGUAUGCCGGGAAAUACGCAAAAGAACUCGGAGGAGUAUGUGUAGCUGUGUGAAGCAGAAGGGGACGUCUCUUGAGAGAGAGAGAGAGAGAGAGAACGUGAGAAAAGAG